AUGAUCCUAGCAACAGAGCUAGUUCUAAAAGAAGGCCUGCUCCUCAGCAAUCAUCAAGUAAAGCGAUUUUAUGCAGAUAAAAAGUAAUUAUCAACCUCAUAUCUAACUUCUUUUGCAGAUAACUUAGAUCAAUUCAAACAAGAGAAACAAGCAAAAUAAGAAAAUGAAAGUAUAUUUGGGUUAAUGGGCUAAAACAACCCAAACAACUACAACGAACUUGAAGGAUUAGCACUUUCAAAAUAAAAUAGCAAUGCAAACAAUAGAUCUCCUAAAAAAAUCAUGGAAAAUUUCAGUUAUGAUAACAGUAACAGAGGAAUUGGGUAGUCAGAAAAUAAUAAUUUUUCAUAGGCAAUGAUGCAGCCCUAAACUGAUAAUAAUACUAUUAGAAGGGGAUAAAGCAAUAUACAUUCUCAUGCAAUUGUAGGAUCAGGUGCAUUAUAGCCAAACAAUGAUUAAUUAGACAAGGACAUGAAAAAGAAAAUGUAUCAAGAUGAGUUACAAAGAUAAAUCAGAGAAAGAGAUGAAAUAAGAAAAAGAGAGAAUGAAGGGCCAAGACAAAGAGGGGGAUCAAUUGCAAGACAUUCUGAAAGUAGUAAUGUACCUGAUCUUUAAGGGUCUGCUGGUAACUCUGGCUAAACUGGGCAUUUUCCUUGGCAGCAAGAAAUUAACAGCCCUUCAAUAUAGUAAGCAUCAACUUUCUAUCCUGGAGGGAAAAUACCACCAUCCAUGCAUUAAAACGCUAUGAUGACUAAAAUGGACUUCCCGUCAAUUAUGACAAGAGGUAAAGUCGUCGAGGGCAGAAUAGAUAUUGAACUAGAAUCAAGAGGCACCAUAUUUUAGGGUAGAGAUGAAAAAUCUAUCUUAAUAAGAAAGAAAGAAGACAAUUAAUAAGCUAUUAGAGAAGCUCUUCAAAGAUAAAUUGAUGAGAAAAAUCGUAAAAAAGAAGAAGAAAAGAACAGAGAGAGGUAGUUUGAAAUAAUGGAGGAGCAAAGAAUAAAAUAAGAGAUUUCUUAGGAGUAGCCAAUUACUAAUUAAGGAAGAAAAACUAUUUACAAUAAUCAUAAUCAGGUGUCGAUAGUAGGAUCAGGACCAACAAAUAUUCCUGAGAAAAAGUUUUCAGAAGAUUCUUUGAUGAGAAGUCCUAAUCAAAGGACUCAAACAGGUAGAGAAAUGGGACUGAUUAAAGAAGAGACUGAAGAAAACAUCUUUGAUUUGGGUGAGGGAAACUAAAGACAAAAAACAUUUGAUCAAAGAAUAGAGCAAUAAUAAAUGACUAAUGAUAUCUUAUUAAAGGAAGCUGAGUAGUUAGAUCAGAAAAAUAAGCAAAUAAAUGAACUCUCUGAUAUGGUUAAGAUAUUAUUACAAGAAUAGUAGAACCUGAAAGAGAAACUGAAUGAAUAAGAAUUUAAAAUGAAGGAAAUUGGAGACAAAGGCAUUAAUAAAGAUGCUAGCUUACUAUAGAGAAAGCAAACUGCGAUUACUAAGAAAGCAUCAGAAAGAACAAGAUCUUAAAAUCCUCCCAAGAAAACAAUUCAAUCUGCAGAUAAUAAAUCAGUUUAGGCAAAAAGACUCAAAGAGCAACAUGCUAUUGAAUAAGCAAGAUUAGAAGCAAUCGAAAAUAAAAUUGAAAAGGCUAGAAAAAGAAUAGAAGAAACUAAAUAGCAAAAGGCAAUAACUGCAUAGUAAACUAGAGUAAAACUAAAUGCUAUUGGAAAUGGAAAUCCAAAUGAUGACAUUAAUGAAUUACUCUAUGGUAAUAGCGAUGUAUCAUCGAAUCAAAACUAGUAAGAUACUAUUUCAGCUCAUCAGCAUGUGCCAAUCAUUGGAGGAAGACAUAAAAGUAAUGCAGGAGUUUUAGGUAAUGACACGAAAGGCUUCGGAUCUAUACCUUCAGUAAAUUAAAACAAAAGUACUUAUUAAGUAAAUGCAAUGAUGCUAAAUCAGCAGAAAGGAAAUGUGCCUCCUAGCUCUCAAUCUAUCAAGCACAAUUAACCUGAAAGUAGAGCAUAAAAAGCACCAAGAGGAGCAAUGUUAAAAGGAAUCAAAUUGGAUCUAAUAGAAGUAAUAUGCAAUCUAAUUAAAAUCUAUAAGGUUCCUCAUUCCAAUCAUCACACCAAAAAAGUAGAAUAGCUCAAAAUUCUUCUUAGUUGCUACAUUAAAACUAAAGCCAACUUGGGAAUCCGCUAAUCAAUUAAACUGAUGGGCAAUUUAAUCUAGAUAGAGGGUCAAUUUUACAGUCCAAAUUUAAUGAGCAGUAUGAGUAAGAAAUAAAAUUCACCUUACAAGAUAAAUGAUGAGGCCGAUGAACAAAUAAAUUAUCGAUCUAAGUACUCAGCAGGCUUUUCAUAGUAAAAUUAAAUAAGACCAAAGCAAUAGAUGAGUGAAAUGAAUUUUGGGGGUGAGCCUGAACUUUAAGGAUCAAAAGAGUUCAUUGGAGGAGGAAGAGAAUUCGUAUCUAAAAAUCCUUCUACUGCAGCAGGAUCCUACUUCUAAGGCGGAUUCGGUUUAGCCUAAGGUCUGACUAGUGGAGGAGGUAUGGGGCACAUGGUGAAUGAGAGUUUCGAUUUAGAUAUUAUGAUGCCACCAGAUGUUGCUUCAAUUGAUUCAGAUUUGAAUAAACUAAGUGCGCUUACACCAACACCAUUAUAAAACAACUAAUAUGGCUGGGGAUAUGAUAAGAAUAAUUAUGGAGGACCAGGAGUUAUUCCAUUCGAAAUAAAUGAUGGUUCAGAGUAUAUGGGCGGUAAUACUUAGUAUAAUAUGAGAGGAGCUUAUAACCUCAACAAUCGUUCAGAUUAUUGA